AUGAUUCGCUGCUCUAAUGGCAAAAUCACUCAUCGAUUCACUUGCGGUGAAGGAAAAGUUUUUAAUGAUAUAACCAAAGCGUGUGAUGACCCCAAAUAUGUCAAUUGUCAUAAGUCUGUCGCCGCAGACACCGCUAAAACUAGUCCUCCAGUCGUCGCACAUCAGCCACGAUAUGAAGCACCCGUUGCGGCCCGACUACAGUCACCCGCCAGACACCCAGUCUCUCCUUUUCUCAAUUUUAGGACCACUUCUAACGAUAAGACACGAGAAAUUGUCACAACAGAUAACACGAGAGCUGAGAGUGUGACCACUGAGAGUCCGAGGAAGAAGAGGAAAGAGAAGAUAGAGAAGAGAAGCAACAGAUAUAUCGACAACAGAGUCAACAGAAUUUACAACAAAGAGUUCAUCAGUUUGUGUCGUAGACCAGAGUUCGGACGCAAUUCUUACGAUUCCAUCAAACUAUUGGACAAACGAGACCUCAAAGCUAACAGAUUUCUAUAA